AUCAUCUCCGACCAAUUCGAUGAUCUGCCACCUCGCGUGUGACAUGCCGCCCGCCCUUCUCUCGACAAGCGACGGCUCCGCGGACAUGCACUACGGCGCCGUCGACCGCGCAGCCACGCCGCGAGAAAAAAUCGCGUCCAGCCGCGCGGUGGCGCUCGGCGCCGCGGUGCUCGCGGGGGCGCUCGUCGCGACGGCGACGCGCCAGCGCUGGCGCGAAGCGCCAGCAACGUCGUUCAAGUUCCAGGAUUCCGACGACAACGACACGGCGUGCGUGAGCUCAGGCUCCGGCGGCGCCGACCUAGCCUACGUCGUGCAGCAGUUCAUGGGCUAUCCGGCGGCGAUCGAUCCGGCGGGGGGCGUCAUCUUCUCGGACCGGGGCCAGUUCAGCAUGUGGCACCUCCACAACAUGACGUACGAUCCGAUCGCCUGGGGCAAGCAGGUCAGCGCGAACUUCGACCAUUUGCUGCGCAGCGUAAUACAGGGCUCCUACUGCAAGACCAGUUUCUUGGACAUGGCGAGCUGCGAUGGAAAUUGUGAGAUGUGUACGGGUUCGAGCUCGCUCCCUUAUUGCGAGACAGGUACCAGAGAUACGGUCGAGGCCAACGUCUCGUGCGUCGAAAAAUGCGUCCAAGACCGGUACGACGCAUCGGUGCUGGCGAACUCGGCCUUCCCGACCUUGCAGGGCUGCUCCGACCCGAUCGCCGUCGCGUUCUUGUACGCGCCGCAGCUGAUCAAGAGCUGCUUCGAUGCGACGUUCGACUGCGCCACGGCGACGCCGCCGUGCGAGUCCGGGUGCUACGAUUGCAUCACCGAUUGCAUAGAGACCUCCGACGACGCGGGAACGUUUUCUGCGUGUAACUCCGCUUUACUUUGAA